AGUCGCCGCCCUCCCUCCGUAUCCGGGUGGUUGCUCCCGGGCGCAGCCGGACCGCCGGAGCCGGUGCCAGGCGAAGAUGGCGUAUCCCGGACAGCCGGUACCCGGCGGGUUCUACCAGGGCGGGUAUGGAGGAGCUCCAGGAGGACCAGCAUUCCCUGGACAAGCUCAGGAUCCUUUGUAUGGUUAUUUUGCUGCAGUAGGAGGGCAGGAUGGACAAAUAGAUGCUGAUGAGCUACAGAGAUGUCUCACCCAGUCAGGGAUUGCAGGAUCAUAUAAACCUUUCAACUUAGAGACUUGCAGACUUAUGAUCUCAAUGCUGGAUAGGGAUAUGUCUGGCACACUGGGAUUUAAUGAGUUUAAAGAACUCUGGGCUGUGGUCAAUGGCUGGAAGCAGCACUUUGUAAGUUUUGACAGUGAUGGAAGUGGCACAGUGGAUCGUCAGGAACUGGAGAAAGCCUUGAUGACCAUGGGAUUUCGACUGAGCCCACAGGCUGUGACUGCCAUCACAAAGCGAUACAGCACUCAAGGGAAGAUUGCAUUUGAUGAUUACAUUGCCUGCUGUGUGAAACUCCGAGCUCUCACUGAAUGUUUUAGAAGAAGGGAUACAACUCAGCAGGGUUUCGUGAACUUCCACUAUGAUGAUUUCAUACAGUGUGUUAUGAGCAUCUAAAUCGAAAGGAAGCAAGCCGUGGAUGAUCAUGAUUUAACAUUCCAGUUUUAUGAGCAUCUUAAUCAAAAGGAGGCAAGCUGUGGAUGAUCAUGAUUUAACAUUCCAGUAUGUGUUUUGCUUUGCCAAGUUCUCCAAUGAUUGUGUAUCUCAAUAUUGGAAAUUUCAUAUUUUAUGAAGGCAUCCCUUUUCACACAUUUUUUAGUCUUGAUAAUGAAUAUGAACUACUCAUGUACUGUUGUCUUUACCUUCCAAUGUGUGAUUAUUAAAGCUGCUUUUAUUUUCAUAAACUUGCAGUUCACUAUUUAUAACUCAGAUCAUGCAAAUGGUAAGACUUUCAGGCAUGUGUCUACUUUUUCGCCAUGAUUUACUAAAAUCAGUUUCUGGAAUGCAACUUACCAUUUUCUGACUUAAACAGUAACGUGUAUGACUUAAGAGGAUACAUAUUUUCUUGUCUUUGACAACAUAGGACUGAUGUACAAACUAAAAGGGAUUUUGGAAUGGUCAUUUUGCACUGGUCUGUUAAAACAUCAGUAAGUUCUGGUUACUUAGUUUGUCAGCUCUUUAGAAGGUGAAGCCUGUGACUCCAUGCACUGAGUGUAAGACUACCUGCUAGAACUUCUUCUCAGCAGGGAUGCAGCAAAACGUAGCAGAAAACUCUCCUAGCCUUGUGCCCUGGUACCAGGGGCUUUGUUCUUGUAAGAUUCUUGCUUUGUUUGUGUCACUUCAUAAAACACUUUGAAACAUAUAAAAGCUGUGCUGUGUCAGUUUGUGCAUCAGCUCUCCCUUCACAGGCAGACAGACAGACUUCAGUCACAUGUAAAUAAAUGUUUCUAUGUCCUCCACUUUGACCUGUAGCAAAUGGCCUUCAUGCAUCAAUAUGCCAGCUAACACAAAAGGGCCAAAACUCACUUGGAAAAAAUUCUUGCCAUGUUACUCUUUCAGAUCACAGCAGUAGUUACCAAUGAAAACAGAUACAGACAGGCAAGGCUUACUUGCCUGAGGCUCUUCAGGGGGGAAAAAUGGGAUUUUUGUUUGGUGGAGGUUUUAUUGUUGCUUUUGUUGUAGGGAUUUUUGAGAAAUGGGAAGGAUAGACAUUGUAUGGAAAGAGGGAACAGCACAACUGUACAGAGGUAGUACAAACUUUUUUCCAAUAAAAUAAGUUAAUGAAA